AUUGAGCCGCAAUCAGUUGGGAGGUUGAUCUUCUGGUUAAAGCUUAGCAUUAUUCGCGAUAGGUCAUGGGUAUGUUGAAUUGCAUGGAGAGAAGAUACUCAUGAGCGGAAAGAUUCCGUCGCUUAUCACAUCAUCUCCCUUUGACACCAUCAUCUCCUACGUACCCAGCCUAUUUAUGCAUUUCUAUCCCCUUCGAGGACUCUUCCAUAUUAGACAAUCCAUAACUCCUCCGUACAAUACCAGUCUAACACAAGUCCGCUGUUCCUAACAUGUCCACCCAAAGUGAAAUCCAUAAACCCGCAACGACCGAUGGCUGGCAUGGCGUCAUCCCCAGCGCCCAAUUCCCCGCCGAAAAGGGCCGCUACCACCUCUACAUAGGCCUAUUCUGCCCCUUCGCGCACCGCGCAAACUUCGUCCGCCAUCUGAAAGGUCUAACCGAAUUUAUCGACAUCAGCAUCGUCAAACCGUACCCAAAGGGCGACGAGAAAGGUUGGCCGGGCUGGUGCUUCCCCAAAUCCGAUGACGAAUAUCCCGGCGCAACGGUCGAUCACCUCUUCGGCGAGGAUUAUUUGCAUAAAGUCUAUUUCCGUGCGGAUGCAGAGUACAAGGGAAGAUACUCUGUCCCGCUGUUAUGGGAUAAGAAGACCGCGACCGCGGUUUGCAAUGAAAGCGACGAGCUCCUACGCUGGCUUCCGACGGCUUUCAAUGAACUGCUCCCCCCGUCACUUGCAAAAAUUGAUCUCUACCCAGCAGAUCUUCGGGCCAAAAUCGACACGAUUACUCCGUGGAUGCAAUCAGACGUCAACCUCGGCGUCUACAAAGCCGGGUUUGCGCCCUCGCAAGAAGUAUACGAUAAAAACGUCGUCCCUCUCUUCGGAGCACUGAAUAAACUCGAGCGCAUCAUUGCCCAGCAUGGUGGACCCUUUGUACUCGGCUCGACAAUGACGGAGCUCGAUAUUCGGUUGUAUGCGACCUUGAUCCGUUUUGAUACCGUCUACGUGCAGCAUUUCAAGUGUAAUUUGGGGACUAUUCGACAUGAUUAUCCCGUGCUUAAUAAUUGGUUGAAGGGGAUUUAUUGGGACGUCGAGGCUGCAAGGGCGUCUACUGAUUUCAAACAUAUCAAAGAGAAUUACACGAAGAGCCACUAUGAUAUCAACCCCAAGGCCAUCACUCCGCUGGGACCUUUCCCCGAUGUGGAAGAAGGGGUUGAGAGAGAUUGGAGUAAGCUGGUGGUUGGAGGUGUCAAGCAUCCUGCGGUGUUGGAUUUUGAAUCCACGCUGCCUGAUGUAUAAUAGGAUGAGGUGGGAGUUCCGUGGCCCACAGAUUCAUACGAAUAUGUAUUCUGCGUACGACCUCUUGACAUCCAAGCACAGAGAUUAAGGGUUGUCCAUUAAGAAUGAAUUGCCUCUGGCUCAAGUGGCAUUUGCUUGAAUGCGUACAAUGUCCGGGACAGAAGCUAAUAUGCUCUGCAUGAGGACGCGCUCAUUUCUAUCAGGAUCAAUUGCAUCGAAAAUACGUAGAAUUCUUAUGAAAUAGACUGGGCAGCUAAAACUAUGCAUUCACCUGAUUUCCG